AUGGGGCAACCCAGUCAAGGUGCGAAUGGCGCGACUGCGAGUGGUUCGACGACAGGCUCAGCUUCUACUGGACCUGUUGUAGCUACUGGCGAUUGGACAAAGGAUCUUGUGCAAUUGGCGAAACAAGCUGAACUCAAGAAACAUGCGUUGACUUUGCAGUUACAUACGGCUCAUAUACUUUCUGUACAUGCUACGCUCGAAGCAAAGUCCAGAGCGAUUCAGGACGUCAAAGAGCAGAAGAACAAACUGGACAGUGAACGAGCGAGGUUGCUCAAAUGUCUACAAGAGAUAAACGCCGAUCGCGACAAGGCUGACCUAGCCGAAGGAACGAUGCUCCGCGAAUGCGAAGACCUCCGCACCAAAAUCACACAACUCUCCGAAGGGGAAUACGCCAUCGCCAAAGCGGACGUUGACAGACUCCGUGCGGAUCUAGGGCAACCGCCUUUACCCAGCUUGCAGCAGACGUUGGAGGAGCGGACUGCCCAGUUCUUGACAGAGAGAAGACUAAACGGGAACGAACCAGAUUACGCGGGGGGCUCAACGCCUGGUCCUAGUUCGUCUAAGCGCACACUUGAUGGAGCGACACCUGACGGGGCUGUGGUGAAGCGGCCUAGAGGACGACCGAAGGGCAGUAAGAACAAGAAACACGUUUCGACAUGAUCGACUGCUUCGGCGUUGUUGAGAGGUUUGGUCAGGUUUGAGGGCAAGUUGGAGUAGAGGCGGAGAGGAGAGCUGGCACGCCAGGUUGAUGGAAGGGACGCGGAGGGAGGCUGUUAGGGACUGGAUAUCAUGCAUCCUCUGCCAGUCUGGUCUGGCUAAAUGGGGUCGAGCUGACUGGCUGGUACCUAUGAAGGGAUGGUUGAGGAAAGAGGAUGUCGACCGACUGACCAUAACUUAACUAUACCAUCCUAUCCUCUAUACUACUGCAUCCUUCCGAUUCACGCU